AUGGCAUCCCCUAGUCUCAAGUGCCAGGAGCACAAGUCUGGUGAGGAGAGCAUCCAUCGAGCAAGUGGUUCUGCUAGCCCCGCAACCGAAACACCGCGGACCGACUCGUAUUUGCUCUGUGUCGAGGAUGUGACGGUUGACGUUCAGAGCUGGCUCCGUCAAGCUCUGUGGCUAAGACGACAGGUCCUCGCGGACGCGCAGCCCGAACUCCGUGGAAGCAUCGAUUGCAGGCUGGCAGAGGUGCAAUGGCAACAACGCGGCCUUGGACAAGCAGCCGUAGACAUGUUGCAAGCGAUUCCCAGGGACGGAAGUAUGCAGCAUGCACCCCAAAUCGUCUUGGCACAGAUAUUGCUUUCACAAGCGAAAGUGGACGAAGCGGAAAAGCUGCUCCAAGAGGUGUCUCAAGCCGUCGGAGCGCGCGUCUCACUUCAAGGAAGGUCGGCAACAUCCGAGCAAGUCGCACCGGCCGCUGCGCUGUGUGGCCGCCAGAGGCAACUUCAGAUCAGAGUUCAGCUGAUCCUGGCACAGCUGCAGGCUGCCGCGGGUCGGAAGAAGCUUUCCGCGGAGCUCCUCAGGGCUCUCUUGGCCGAUGCUGCCGAUUUCUCGGAGUACCACCCGGACAUCCUCCAAGCGCGCAGGACCCUGGCGGGGGUUCUGACGGGGCUGGGUGACUUCCCAGAGGCUGAGCAACAACAAAGAAAGGUCCUCGAACGAGGUCGUCAUCUUCUGGGUGACAUGCACCCUUACACUCUUGAGGCGAUGCGCGAUCUGGCGAUAACCUUGCAAGAGCAGCACGAGUUCGGUGAGGCGGAGAUGCUUUUGGAUCAUGCGUUGGCAAUCUACAGAGCAUUGUUUGAGCUAACGCAUGAGGCCUGCUUGUCUUGCGCGGUGGACUUGGCAAAUCUUCUUGCUUCCCCAUGUGUGCCGAGCACAUGCCAGAAAGUGGACAGAGCUGAGAUGCUGUUGUACCAUGCCGCAUGCACGGCAGAAUGGCACUUGGGAGCAGCUUUUCCAGAGCGAACCUUUUGGCAUUGUUUCAACUUGGUGCUCUUUCUGGAAAGAAAGGGUGAGUUGGAAGAGGCUGACGAGCGCUGCUGCAAACUGCUCGCAGUGGUGGAAGCCUAUUGUCAAACCUUUGACGAAAGUUGCGACCAGGUCGGUCUCUUCAGACUUACAAAAAAACGCAUCACGAGGAGUCUGCACAGAAGGAGCAGGAAAGGGAGAGCUGCCUUCGGGAUCUAUCUGCCCACGGCCAGGGAUGCGCUUAUGAGCCUGGCUGGUUUCGUGGUUCUGAUGGACCUGCUCUUCUUUUGGCUCGCCUGCGCCCUCAAGGUCUUUCCCACGAGAGAGUCGGACACCGAUGGCUCCAUGGCCACCUUGCUUACCAACCUUCUUCUGGAGCCUCUCGCGACAAUGAUCUUAUGCUUUUCCACUGGCCUCGUCAUACUCCUGUCGUUCAUGCUGGCGCUCUCCAGCGUGACGGAACACCCAAACCUCCACAGGCUUCCUGGGCGGUGGGGCUUCAUCUACCGCUCCGAGCAGACAACCUUGGGCAGGUCAUGGCACUGGCUGCAAAGUGGGGCUGGAUGCUUCGUGGUCUUGCGUGCGGCAGCCUUCAUUGUCGGAGCAGCUCAGAACGAUGGAGAAGUCCCGUUUGAUUGGGCGGCUUGGGGCAUGCUGGCUUCCUGGUCCGGUUGGGAGAUAUUCUGGACUUUCUUCCAGACCAUGUUGAGCUGGAACCGCCACCAAAGCGAAGCAUUGCGAACCGUCUUGAUCUGCUUCACUUUCGGCUUUGUCCGCGUCACCUCUCUGUAUCUUUGUGUUGAAUAUAUGAUGCAUGCUCGAAGCUGGGCAGAGAUUUGGUGGCCCUGUGUUUGGCUCCUCUUCUUCGUCUCGAGUCCGCUUAUACGAGUCGCAGGUGAACACUUGCAGCCCAUGGUGCGCCGUCUGCUAGAAAGCAUGGACAGGAACAGCCGAAAGACACUGGCAACACCAGCACGAAGACUUGUUCCGGAGUCUUGUGGUGCUGAGGGCGAGGCUGUCCCUGGCCCCGCAGCCAAGCUGAAGUUUUGCGACGAAUGCGAAGAGAUCUUUCGCUUGAGCAGCUCUUCUACUUCAAGGCGAGGGGGAGAUUCGACCCUGCAUGCUCCCUCCAGCGUCAACGCCACCAAGUCAGCCAGCGAAAGGAUCAAGGUCGCAAGUGGCCUGGGCCGUGCGAGCCAACAGGUGGGCGCGAUGUUAAGCCAGCGAGUGGCCGCGUGUUGGUGCCUGGUCUUCUUGGCUUUGGUGGCGGUGGAGGGAGACUGUUAUGGUGAUUAUGCCGUCUCAGGUGCCGUCGGCUCGGGAAGGUUUUGCAACGGUGGUUAUCGCUAUGGGGGCCAGAAGAACGGCAGGCCCUUCUAUGGAAAGACUUCGGGGCAGGGGUCUAUGUUCAUGAAUGCUGAGCACCACUGGGUGUUGCAUCCUUGGAAGCUGACAGCGACUGAGUCUGCUGACCAGUACCAGGGUCCUGCACCAUCACAGCCUCCAGAGGCUGCAUGGGCUGACCCCAACUGCGAUUGCUCCGAGCCGGCGCCCCGUGUCUCUGCUUGCACGUCCGGCUGUGACUUUGUCGUCACUGGGGCCGGUGGGCUUGGCCAGUCCUGCAACGGCAAUUACACUUACGAGGGAGAAUUGAACGGCAUGCCAUCAUACAGGCAUGCCGAUGGCGGCGCCUUGCUGUUUCACAGAUUUUAUUGGAAACUUACUACGGCAGCAGUCAUGGAAGCAGCUGACUCUGAAUUUGCUGUGAAUUGGAUCUACAAUCCAGGUUUGAGUCAGGAGCUACCGACAGGACGAUGGGUUAUUGAUGGGGACUACGAGAGGAGAAACAUGGAUCCUGCUCCGACUGUCACUGCGUGUCAAGGCUGUGAUGUUGAUUACAUCGUGACUGGCGCAGGGGGGCUGGGUGCAACCUGCAAUGGCAAUUACAGUCUCUGUCUCGACUGCCGGUGGCCCUAUGCUCAACUUGAUCAGACAAUUUAUCGCUACAGGAAGGGUGCUGGAGAGGCUUGGAUCUUUAUGUCAACUGCACGCACUUGGAGAAUGAGCUGCCGCAAUUCGACAUCCGUCUGGCAUUACUCGGAGCCACUGGCACAAGCGCGGUUGCCCCCGACGGGUCAGUGGGUCGCCUCAUCCAGGUGUCGUUGCUCUUACUCUGGCCUCGCUGUGUCUCAAUGCAAUCAAUGUGACACAGCAGCGGCUUACACGGUAGCUCAGGCAGACGGUCCGCACUCCCAUGCCAACGGCGAGUAUUUCUCGACAAUCCAGGAUGGAAAGCAGGUCUACGAGAAGGCGGGGCAAGAUGCUCGGAUCUUCCUCUCUUCGGAGAACCGCUGGGUGCUUCGAGUUGAUGAUAACUCGGGUCUUGGGUACGGGCAGUACUUUGCACCGGGCCAGGAAGCACCGCCUCUGGGCAGCUGGCAGUGGCAAGGCAGCUUCGACACAGCUGCUCACCACGUGACGGUCUCCACUUGCAACCAAGGCGUUUCUCUCGUGGUGCUCCCACUGGUAGCGCUCCUGCUUGUUGCGCUCCUCCUCCACGCAGGCAUGCGCAUCCGAGAGAUUCUACGAAGCGAAGUGAAGUGGGGAGAUGUUUGA